AUGGAUAUUAUAACAAUUACACAGCCUAGACAGGCACAUACAGCAAUGAAUGCAUCAGUCAGUGAUGAUGAUGAUGUAGAGAUGGGAGAUAUGCAAGAAAAUAUGGACAUUAAUAUGAAUAUUGAUAUUGAUGGCAGCAGAGCCAAGGCAGAAAAGGAUAUAGUUGUUCCUGGAGAGAUGAUUACAGACGACCCAAGCUGGAUGAGAGGCCACGGCACUUACUUUUUGAGUGAAAAGACUUAUUCAGCAAAGGCGGGUACUAUUCUCAGGGUGAACAAAUUAUUGAGUGUGAUUCCAUUUAAGGGAAGAUACAGCCCGGAGACAGGAGAUCAUGUGGUAGGACGUAUUGUUGAAGUGAGUAACAAGCGAUGGAAAGUGAACAUUGGUGCUGAGCACGAUGCCAUUUUAAUGCUAGGAGCAGUGAACUUACCUGGAGGGGUGUUGAGACGUAAGUCUGAAGCUGACGAGUUACAGAUGCGUGCCAUAUUAAAGGAAGGAGAUCUUCUUAAUGCCGAAGUGCAAUCACUAUUUCAAGAUGGUUCUGCAUCUUUACACACUCGUUCGUUGAAAUACGGAAAAUUGAGGAACGGAGUGUUUGUGCUAGUUCCUAGCAAUUUAAUAAUUAGAGCUAAGAACCACGCCCAUGACUUGCCCGGAGGUGUGAGUAUUAUCUUGGGAGUCAAUGGAUACUGUUGGAUAUACAAAACUAAGCUGAAUCAACACACGUCUACUGGGGUUGAGCAAUCCAAGUUAGAGGCUGCCAUUAAAAGUUCUGUUGGCGGUUACAAGCCAGGCGCGGGAACCGUAUCCAUAACAAGUCUUGAAGAGCAGUCUUCCUGGGACAUUUAUAGCGAUAAAAAUGACGCCAUCUCUAACAGUAUCAAGGAAACAAUUUCCAGAUACAAAAACUGUUUAUUGGCGUUGAGUCACUGUAACAUCUCAAUCAAUGAAACUAGGCUUGCCAAAGCAUACGAGAUCAGUCUUGGAUAUGGUGAUGUUAAUAGUUUGGUCAACUACGAUACCCAGCAAUACAUAGGAGACGAUUUGAUUAAUAGUGAGAAGAUGAGAGGUUCGGAAUAA